AGGGGUGUGGGUACUAUUUCUGCAUUGCUCAUCCUGGGAUGUCCAGGAGUGAUUCACACUUGCCCUGUCUCCAGACUAUCUCCAGUGGAAGUAGGUGACUCCUGCCUUUCAGUGACUGCGUUUCUGCGCUGCCAGCGUUGCUCCUGCGUUAUCAACAUUCUAACCUUGUGGGAAGGGCUGUGGUAAAUUUCUGGAAAGUAGAUAGGAAGUUGCUUUUUUAAACAGCCUGACAUUAAGGGCAGGCAGUGAGACUAUAAGAAGUCUGGGUCAGGCAGAAGGCAGAAAGCCAGCAGAGUCCACAGAAGAGAUGGCUAGCUGCCUAAAGGCCGACUGGAACCGGAGAUUUCAGACACUGGUUUUCCGAGCUGCUCACCUCCUUUGCUUCAGCACUCUGAUCUGUGAACUAAUGGACCAGAGAGAAGUGGCAGCGUGGACGUAUCAUCACAGCACAACAGCAUACCCAUGGAAUGUUUCCCGGGCCUUCUGCCAGAAGUACUACACAGAUUUAGUGGCCAUCCAGAAUAAAAAUGAAAUCGCUUACCUCAAUGAUGUCAUACCCUACUACAACUCUUACUACUGGAUUGGUAUCCGAAAGAUCAAUAAAGUUUGGACUUGGGUGGGGACCAAAAAGACUCUCACUGAGGAUGCCGAGAACUGGGCUGACAAUGAGCCCAACAACAAGCGGAACAACCAGGACUGCGUGGAAAUCUACAUCAAGAGCUCAUCAGCCCCCGGCAAGUGGAAUGAUGAGCCCUGCUGGAAGAAAAAGCGGGCACUGUGCUAUACCGCCUCCUGCCAAGACAUGUCCUGCAGCAAGCAAGGAGAGUGCAUCGAGACAAUUGGGAACUACACCUGUUCCUGCUACCCUGGGUUCUAUGGACCAGAAUGUGAACAUGUCAGAGAGUGUGGAGAAGUGGACCUACCUCAACACUUGCUGAUGAACUGCAGCCACCCUCUGGGAAACUUCUCUUUCAACUCACAGUGCAGCUUCCACUGCCCCAAAGGGUACACGUUGAAGGGACCCAGCAAGCUGGAAUGUUUGGCUUCUGGAAACUGGACGAGUAAACCCCCACAGUGUGUAGCCACCCAGUGCCCACCCCUGGAGAUACCUGAACAAGGAAGCAUGGCCUGCCUUCCCCCUGAGAAGGAACUCCAGCACCAGUCCAGCUGUAGCUUCCGUUGUGAAGAGGGAUUCGCGUUAGUUGGGCCAGAAGAGGUGCGGUGCACUGCCUCUGGGGUGUGGACAGCCCCAGCCCCAGUGUGUAAAGCUGUGCAGUGUCGGCUCUUGGAAGCCCCCAGCAAAGGAACUAUGGACUGUGCUCAUCCACUCGCCGCCUUUGCAUAUGGCUCCAGCUGUAAAUUUGAGUGUCAACCUGGCUAUCGGGUGAGGGGCUCGGACACCCUCCGCUGCAUUGGCCCUGGCCAGUGGACUGCACCCAUGCCAGCCUGUGAGGCCAUUGCAUGUGACCCAAUGGAGAGUCCUGUCCACGGAAGCAUGGAUUGCUCCCCAUCCUCGCAAGGAUUUCAGUACAACACAAGCUGUAGCUUCCGUUGUGCCGAGGGUUUCCUGCUGAGAGGAGCCAAGAUGGCUCAGUGUUCUGACUUGGGACAGUGGACAGCACCAGCCCCAGUCUGUCAAGCUUUGCAGUGCCAAGAUCUUCUGACUCCCAACAAGGCCCAGGUGAACUGCUCCCACCCUUUUGGUGCCUUCAGGUACCAGUCAGCCUGCAGCUUCACCUGUGACGAAGGCUUGGUCCUGGUGGGUGCAAAUGUGCUGCAAUGCUUGGUUACUGGGAACUGGAGUGCUGUGCCUCCAGAAUGCAAAGCUAUUACCUGCACACCUCUGCUAAGCCCUCAGAAUGGAACAAUGACCUGUAUCCAACCUCUUGGGGAUUCCAGCUAUAAAUCCACAUGCCAAUUCAGCUGUGAUGAGGGGUUUUCUUUAUCUGGACCAGAAAGGUUGGAUUGUACUUCAUCUGGACACUGGACAGGUUCCUCACCAACAUGUGAAGCCAUCAGGUGUCCACAGUUGUCUCCCCCAGAAUGGGGCAGCAUGGAUUGCUCUGGCGCUCAUGGACAGUUCACUGUCAGCUCCACCUGCCAUUUCUCCUGCAGCAUGGGCUUUAAGCUGAAAGGGUCCAAGAAUGUUGAAUGCACAACUUCUGGAAAAUGGACAGCACCUCCACCCACCUGCGAAGGCAUAGCAUCAGCUUCUACUUCAGAGAUGCGAUGCCCAGCCCUUAUCACUCCUGGGCAGGGAAAAAUGUCCUGUACACAUAAUCUGGGAAACUUUGGCUUGAAUACCACUUGCUACUUUGGAUGCAAUGCUGGGUUCACACUCACGGGAGACAGCCCUCUCCAAUGCAGAACUUCAGGACAAUGGACAGCAGUAGCUCCAACCUGCAGAGCUGUCAAAUGCUCUGAGCUGCACAUUAUUAAGCCAAUGAUGAUGAACUGCUCCAACCCCCGGGGAAAUUUCAGCUAUGGAUCAGCCUGUACCUUCCAUUGUCCAGAGGGUCAAAUACUUAGUGGCUCAGCAAAAACAGCAUGCCUAGAGAAUGGCCACUGGUCUACUACAAUGCCAACCUGCCAAGGGCCAUUGACUAUCCAAGAAGCCCUGACUUAUUUUGGUGGAGCCGUGGCUUCUGCAACUGGUCUCUUGAUGGGUGGGACACUCCUAGCUCUGCUAAGAAAAUGUUUCAGACAAAAAGAUGAUGGAAAAAGCCCCUUGAACCCUCAAAGCCACCUAGGAACAUACGGAGUUUUUACAAAUGCUGCAUUUGACCCGAGCCCUUAAGAUGUCAAAACUGAGCUCCAG